AUGCCUCGCAUCAAUAAUCUUCCUCCUCUUUUUCCUCAUCGAGCCCAGACCCCUCUCGCCCGCAUUCUUGUUCUCGUCACCCUCAUCCUCCUUACCCUGACCCCUGCUGCCACCGCCCAGCAGUAUACCAACUGGACACAGCUCCCGGCGUGCGCACAAUCGUGCUUCAGCGCCGCCCUGCUCCAGGCCUUUGGGUCAUGUGGUUCCAUCCUUACCGGCACCGGCGGCAAUACCACGGGGGAGGAUGACCCUCCCAGCACGAUGCUGCGACGCUGUAUCUGCACCGACUGCGCGUACCGCGACACCCUGGGCGCGUGCUUGGACAGUGGCUGCACUGCCGCCACGGCCAACAACGACCCAGGAUCGGUCGACGGCAGUCUGGACCUGAAUGACCGUGUGUUCUGCAAUGCUAGCGUGGCCGCCACCGUGCAGAUGUGGGAUCGCAAUCUAAUCUGGGCGGUUGGUCCGGGCAAUGGUGGUGGCGGUGCGAGCUCUGGCACGUCGCAGGGCGGCGUGGUUUGGACUUGUUCCUCGACCUCGACCUCGAGCACAGGUAGUGGAAACACAGGAACAGGCACAGCCAUUUCUAGGAGUAGCUCCUCGACCCUGGAGCCGUCUGCACCCCCCACGACGAGCACCUCGACCAUCACAGCGAUCACGACCGUGGCUACUCUGACGCUGGCCACGACGGCCGCCCCUUACCAAGUCACGGCCCUCUCGAACAGCACGAGCAGCGCCACCUUGACCGUCCCUUCGGAUACAGGGGAAAGCGACGUGUCGACCUCGAUCUGGACAUCAAGAUCCACGGAUCUGAGCACCACCUCCCGUCCCGUCAUCGUCAUACCGACGACCCCUGUGUCGUUCCCGAGUACCACGACAACGACAACGACAACGACGGGUACGACACACUCCUCCAGUACCACCGUAUCAUCGUCAUCGUCACCGUCAUCGAGUGGCGGCACCGGCGCCUCCUCCACGACAACGACGACAACUAUGGGUUCGAGCCGGGCGGAACCACCCGUCCAUCCAGCGGUGGGACUUGGCAUUCUGUUCGCCGUGUUGGCGGGAGCACCGCUUAUCGCGUGA